CCUACUUAACAACCGAUAACAACUAUUGAUAUUGAUACAGGACUAAAUCUCGGCAUGUAAAAUUUGUUUACAUUUGGGAAAAAAUGAUUGUUUAUUAAGCACGGUUGUUACAACGCUUAACAUUUGGAUAUUGUGUAAAAUGUCAAUGUGACAUUGAUCGAAAUAUUGGGUUUCUUCGUAUCAGUACAAACAAGUUUACUUCCGUGUUACAAAAUAGACAGACGUGAUUAUAUAAACAUCUAUUUGUUUUAGUUCGUGAGUCAUUUUAAACUCGAGAGAGAAAAUGGAAUAUAAUUUUGGAUCAUCAAUAUCUUCCCAUAGACGGUGUUGGGGUUCGAGAAGCACUAGAACUCAGUGUUAUUGUUCAUGGAAAUGGGUCAAUUCGCUAUAAAAUAUAAAGGAAAAGUACUUCCCACAACUAUUCGGCAAUCUCCGGUCAGCUCGGGAUAGACAAUCGUUACUACUCGGCAAGUCUUCGGCAGGCCCCGGGAUCGACACUUAACCGAGUUUGGAAAGGCCCACUUGACAUUCGAUAACGAGUUUUAAUGUUGACAGAGGAAUAACGGGAUGUUUAACAAUAUUUUUUGGAUUUGAAACAUAAUUGUAAAUUUAGCACGGUUGUAACUAUUCUAUUCAUUUUGAUAUCGUGUUAGAUGUCAGUGUUUAAUUGAUCGAAAUAUUUGUUUUCUUCGUAUCAGCGGAGUACAAAAUAAUUUACUUCCUAGUUACAAAAUAAACAGAAACUGACUGUUUGAACUAGUUUGUGAGUCAUUUUUAAACUUUAGAGAGAAAAUGGCAUCUAAUUUCGAAUCAUCCAUUCAGAGAGGCUGUGACUUCAUUCACGAUUUUUCCUGCUCUCCGUGUGAAGAGAACGGAUUUAACACAGAAGCUCACCAUUAUUGUACUCAAUGCACAAAAUAUUACUGCCAAAACUGUGUUUCAAAACAUAACGUAUUAUAUCAGAAGCACGCGGUGCUCGGCCGGAAGGAAGUGAAGAAAUGGGAGGCAGCCCCAGGGGUGGUGGACGCCCUGGAGAGAUGCGGGAUGCACCCCGGGGAGGCGCUGAAGCUGGUAUGUGGUGACCAUGACCAGCUGUGCUGUUCUGUAUGCGUUGCCAUUGACCACAGACAAUGCUCCAAAAUCCAACACAUUCCAGAUGUAGCAAAAGGUGUUCAGAGAAAUAUUGAGUUUCAACAAAUUCCAAAGAAGAUAGCUGAAGUUCAAAAGCAAUUCGAGAAGAUGAAAGAAGCACGAUUGAAGAAUACGACAUCUCUGAAAAAGACGCGGGCAGCCAUUUCUGACGAAAUUAAAACCAUACGUAAAAGGAUCAACGAAAUCCUUGACAAGAUUGAGAAAACAACUUUACAGGACUUGGACGGAAUGAUAGCUGAACUUGAAAAAAAACUAAAGAAAGAUAUCGAAACUUGUGAUAAAAUGACUAUCGAAUUACAAAACAUGAUUGCCGCUUUUCAAACCAAAGCAAAAUCAAGCGAGUCAAAAUCAUAUAUUGCGUACAGAAAGAGCCAGGAUAUGAUUUCACAAGCAAACGAUCAUCUUCGUGGCAUAUCAACCAUUGAGUGUUACAAUGUAACAUUUCAAGCCAAUAACCUUAUAGAAGAACUUUUAUCUGCAGUAAAGACGUUUGGAGAGAUUGAAGAACAAACUGUAAUGACCAAACAGCGAGAAGAUCCCCUUUCCGAUCCAAACCACGUCUUCAGUGUUGCAGAGUACAAGGAGUACAACGUGAAGAUGAGUGAUGACAAAGAUCAAUGUGCUAUUCGUGGCGUGUGUGAAAUGCCUAGUGGAGAGUUUGUAAUAGUAGACUGGAAUAAUUGUAAAGUGAAGCUCCUGGACAAGGAGUACAGGGUGAUCGACCACUGUGAUGUCCCGGGGGAUCCAUGGGACGUGUGUCACAUUGACGGAAAUGAAGUGGCCGUUUGUGUUGACAACGAACUUCAUUUUAUUAAUGCUACGAAAGGGAAACUCAUUACUACAAGGAAGUUAAGUUUCAGCCAUGGUUGUACUGCCGCAGCUUAUCAUAGUGGCCAGCUUUACAUCUCCUGCGGUUUCGCCCUGUACGUCUACACGAUGUCGGGACAGAAGGUGAAGAUGCUGUACGAGGACAAGUCUGGGGAUAGGACGGUGGAGAAAUGUGCCAUCAGUAACGACGGGAAGACGAUUUACAUUACAAACUACGAUAAAAAUCAACUGAUCACCCUGGACAACAACGGAAACAAGCUGGCCUUACUCACUGACCCUGAUAUGGAAAACCCUGCCGGAGUACACGUGACACCUGCUGGACACGUGUUCGUCUGCUGCUAUGACUCCGACACAGUGCUGCAGGUUGACAAAGACGGGAAGAAGAAGUUGGCCACCCUGGCAAGGAAAGAAGACGGACUGUACGGUCCGCGUGAUUUAUUUUUCAGCAGCAGCACUUCUUCUCUGAUUGUUGGUGGAUAUAAAGACACACUUGUUGUUAUCAAGUUGAAUUAAAACUAAAAACUAUCAAUGUUUGAUUUGCUACUAUCGAACUGGGAUCUUCCUUAUAGUUGCAAAGUACAUUUCAGUAUUGUCAAAUAAAAUUGUUGUGUUUAGACCGCUGGCUAUAAGCAAUACGGAUAUGAAUCCAAAAGCAUUUUGUGAAUACUUUUAUUGUAUCAUAUUUUUGACAAUUUAUAUUCAACAAACUAUGUGAAAUAUUAUAUAUAUAUGUAUAUGUUCUAUUUGAUGAAUGUAGAACGUUUAAUUUUCGUGUGUGUGUGUAUGUAUAUAUACAGUCGAACCCCGUUGGCUCCCAAGGACCAGCGAAAACACAUCGAGCCUCGGAGUUCGAGCCAAGCCAAAAUGAUUACCUUCUGCUUAAAGAAAUCGCCCUUUACAUCGAGUUCGAGCCAACGAGAAAUUCGAGCCAAGCGAUUUCGAGCCAACGAGGUUCGACCGUAUUUUGCCUAUUAACAAGCAUAUACUAGUAUUCUGAUUUCUGGAAUUUUUGUUAUUCCUUGUUGUCUCCGUUUCAUAAGCCUAUUAAAAAAGAGGCGAAUAAACGCUUGAUUAAAUUC